ACUGUACGUGAGGGUUGUUUUAGUUUCCGUCACUUUCUGUUAUACGAGGUCUCUGCAGGAGUUAAAUGAAACAAAUAAAACGUGUCUGCAGCUUCUUCUCUGCAGCUGUGUCACCGCUUAAUGUCUUACAGAGAAACGUCUAAACAUCUCAGAGGAGAAACGUCGCUGUAGAGACUUUCUUACAGAGCAAAGGUGGAACCUGUAAGGAAAGGAUCUAUAGUCUCAGAAGAGAUGGCCUCCCAGGUCAGACUGAGGUUGCUGCCGAGUGCCAGAUGUUUGUUUGAUGAUCCCGUUCAGGUGAAGGUGACCGGGCUGAGGUCGAGACAGGUGGUCACCAUGAAAGCCAGAUCAAUGGACGAUAAGGGUGUGGAGUUCAGCUCCUCAGCCACCUACAGGGCUAAUGGGAGCGGGGAGGUCGAUCUGGAGAGAGACCCCUCACUCAGUGGGCCCUACAAUGGAGUUGAACCCAUGGGUCUGCUGUGGUCCAUGAGGCCAGGCACCUUACACAAAAGGUUUCAUAAAACCAGGUCACUAAACCCUCAUGUGGUGAAGUUCUCUGUUCAUGAAGUAGAGGGGGAGGGCAGGACGCUGGCAGAGGCGACCAAUGAGAGGCUUUUAAUUGGAGACGGCGUCACCAGGCUUCCCAUCAAAGAGGGGAACAUUCGUGGAGUCCUGUUUACUCCUCCAGGACGAGGUCCAUUCCCUGCUGUCUUGGAUCUGUACACUUUAGGGGGAGGUUUAUCAGAGAAAAGAGCGUCUCUGCUGGCCAGCAGAGGAUUUGUGGUUCUGACUGUAGCGCUGUACGGCCAUGAUGAUAUGCCGAAGAACAUCAAGGUGGUCCAUUUGGACUAUUUUGAAGAGGCGAUACAACUUUUAAGAAAACAAGAUAAAGUCGGCAGUAAAGGAGUAGGGAUAAUAUCACUUUCCAAAAGUGGAGACCUUGCACUUUCAGCAGCCUCUUACCUGCCAGAUGUUGAUGCCACAGUGUGGAUCAACGGCUGCAGUGCCAACACAGCUUUUCCUCUUUACUAUAAGAAACGCCAGAUCCACCCUCCCUUAAUGUUUGACCUCAGUAAGAUGGUGAUCACUGAGUCAGGGGCCGGUAUGUGCAAGUAUGUUACACUUAACCCUUUGGCAGAGGAGAACCAAGCCACCCUGAUCCCCAUCGAAAAAGCCAAGGGACAUUUUCUCUUUGUUGCUUCAGAGGACGACCUCAACUGGGACAGCAAAGCUUAUGUGGACGACAUGGUGGAGAGACUGAAGCGUCAUGGGAAGGAGAACUUUGAAAGUGUGUGUUACUCUGGAGCGGGACAUUACUUAGAGCCACCUUAUGGACCCUACUGCCCCUCCAGCCUUCAUGGGAUGGCAGGCAUGCCAGUGAUGUGGGGCGGUGAGCCCAGGUCCCACGCAGCUGCUGAAGUCCACUUGUGGCAGAAGAUCCAGGAGUUCUUCAGAUCUCACCUGAGCUGUGAAGCUACACAGCCUACAGCCAAGUUAUAGAUGCAAAUUCGAGAGUAGGAAAGGCAUAGCAACAGAUAAAUCAUGAUAUCCUAGCAGCCAAUUAGAAGUAUAUGGUUAAAUAUGACAACUAAAUGUUUGAUUGAUGUCUGAAUGUUUAUGUUUUGAAAAAUUAUUAUGAUAAUGACCUGAUGCAGGAGAGAAUAUGCCAAAAUAUCUUUGUUGAACUAAUCGAGAUUAUCAGCCCAUAAUAUAAAUGGUGCCUCAAAGAGAAAGCCUUAACCCAAAUAGGAACAUAAGCCAACAAGCACACAGCAUCCAAUAUGCAACAUCCCAAGGUGUUACCACUUAGGACACAGGUUACACAGAGGCACUUUAUGAUGAUCAGGGGGAGUGUGUCGGGUAAAAUUACCAAAUUACACAAUCACUAAUGGUUAGGCCAGAAGUACUAAUAUUUAAAGAAGGCUAAACUUGCAGGUAGCUGCCUUUUUCCAAUCAUUCUUUUAAGCUUCCAAAUGCCGUUUCUCUCAUUUAAACAGAGAAAUAAGCCCACUGUGUUUUUUUUCAUUGUCUGUUUCUGUCUUGUAAACUGGCACAUAUCAGUAAAUUUGAACUUUAUUUUUUUCAAUCAUCAUGUCUACUUACUUG